AUGUCCGACUUCACUGCUCCCGGAGCCCCCGGCACCAACAACGCCGCUCCUCCGAUGAACGGCAACUCCGAGGCCAACUUCCAGGCCCCCACCGCCCUUGUUCAGCCCGGCACCAACGAGGCCAGCAAGACCCUGUGGAUGGGCGAGAUGGAAGGUUGGAUGGACGAGAACUUCAUCAAGAACGUUUUCACCACUGUCCUCGGCGAGAACGUUCAGGUCAAGGUCAUUCGCGAUCGCAACUCUGGUAACGCCGGUUACUGCUUCAUCGAGUUUGCCAGCGCCGAGGCCGCUCAGAAGGCCCUUAACCUCAACGGCACUCCCGUCCCCAACAGCAACCGCGCCUUCAAGCUUAACUGGGCUUCUGGUGGUGGCUUGAUUGACCGUCGCGAUGACCGUGGCCCCGAGUAUAGCAUCUUCGUCGGCGAUCUGGGUCCCGAGGUCAAUGAGUUUGUCCUCGUCUCUCUCUUCCAGUCUCGCUUCCCGUCCUGCAAGUCUGCUAAGAUCAUGACCGAUGCCAUGACCGGUCAAUCCCGCGGCUACGGAUUUGUUCGCUUUUCAGACGAAGGAGAUCAGCAGAGGGCGCUCGUCGAGAUGCAAGGCGUUUAUUGUGGCAACCGUCCGAUGAGAAUCAGCACCGCGACUCCCAAGACUAGAACUCACCAGUACGGCGCUCAUGCUCCUCACGCCGCCAACGCAAUGAUGGCGCCCGUUCCCGCCCAUGCGGCCAACAUGCAGUGGGGAGUUCCGCCCCAGCCCUACUAUUCCGGCUUCAACCCCAUGCAGCCGAUGAACCAGUUUACCGACCCUAACAACACGACUGUUUUCGUCGGCGGCCUCUCCGGCUACGUCACCGAGGACGAGCUCCGCUCUUUCUUCCAAGGAUUCGGCGAAAUCACCUACGUCAAGAUCCCUCCCGGCAAGGGAUGCGGUUUCGUUCAGUUUGUCCACCGCCACGCUGCGGAAAUGGCAAUCAAUCAGAUGCAGGGUUACCCGAUCGGUAACUCGCGUGUCCGCCUUUCCUGGGGUCGCUCCCAGAACAACUCCGGCGUCGGUACCCCCUAUCGCCCCGCCCCUCCCCCCCCUCACUACAUGGGCCCUCCUCCCCCGCCGGCCCUGCUGGUCCUUACGGCGCUCCCCACUUCGGCGGCAACGGUGGACCGCCCCCUGCUUUGCUCCUCCCCCGACUUUUUCUGCGGCACCUUCUCCGGCUGUCUUCAUGCCUCCGGCUCCGGCCGGCCUAACUGCUCCCGAGCCUUUCCCGGUUACGGAGCUGACCUGGCCCCGCCCCCUCCAGCCGAGCCUUUCCCUUACCACAGCACCCGUCGUGCGGGCCCCCGGAUCCCCUCCGCGACUCAGGAGGCAGCCAAUGGACGCCCCCAACAGCGUGGUAGCACAGUUGCUAGCCGCGGCAGAGUUGCCAGUCGUACUGGCACCGGCCGCAUCACCAGCGGUCGGGUGUGCAAGCUCACCACUACCGGACCCAGUGGUCCAAGUGGCCGAGGUGGCAGAGGUGGCCGAGGUGGCCGCUUCUUCCGCCGCGGCGGAGUGAAAUAG